UCCAUAAAGUUUUAUUAAAGCUCCAUAAAGUUUUAUUAAAACUUAAUUAAAGUGUCAUCAUGGUGCUGCCGGUGGUGGUCCAGAGCGCCUUCACGGUGCUCCGGCAGAUCGAGCCGGUCCUGGUCCUGGAGCAGCUGGGCAGCACUCUGUUCGACACCGCGCUGCAGAUGGUGGUGCAGGACCGGUCCCUGAACGCGUCCUACCCGGGUCUGUCCCGGGAGGCCAGCCAGCAGAGAGCCAUGACGGACUUCUUCAUGACCUACAACCUGAUCAUCCGGCUGGUCCCGGUCCUCCCGGCGCUGCUGCUGGGCUGGCUGGGGGACCGGGGCUGGAGGAGAGCCCCCAUCGUGGUGCCCCUGGCCGGGUACCUGCUGAACCGGCUCGGCCUGCUGCUGGUGGUCCUGCUCCGGCUGCCCCUGGAGCUGAUGUUCGGGGCCGGGGUGGUGUUCGGACUCUCCGGGGGGUUCUGCGCCUACUGGCCCGGAGUCAUGACGCUGGCGGCCCUCGGCUCCUCCAACACCGACAGGUCCAAGGUGCUGAUGAGGGUGGAGCUGCUGUACGGGGCAGCAGGUCUGCUGGGCAGCCUGGUGUCGGGUCACCUCUUCCUGCUCUACAGCUCCAGUCUGGGCAACGGGACGGUCCUGCUGACGGUCAGCACCCUGCUGCACCUGCUCUGCCUCAUACACUCCAUAGUCCUGCUGCAGGUGAAAGAAGUGUCCGUCAGCGAGCCGGAGGCCGACAGCCCCUUCCUCCCUGCUGAGCCCAGAGAAGCUCCUGUGGAGGUUCCUGUUCCUGUCAGGAGGAACCUGUGGAACAUCGUUCUGCUGUUUUUAGCCGCCAUGUUGUACGUCUCUGCGGUGGGCGGAGCCAUGGAGAUCCUGGGCAUCUUCGUGUUAAAAGCGCCGCUCAGCUGGAGCGCCACGCAGGUGGGUUAUGGGAACGCUGCCGGCUGUGUGAUCUUCCUCACCAGUUUCCUGGGCGUCCUCUGGUUCCGGCGCUGCGUCAGCGACGUGUCUCUCAUCCUGAUCGGGAUGCUGUCCUUCGCCUCGGGGAUCUACUUCAUGUCCUUCGUCACCGAAACCUACAUGUUCUACCUCGCUCGUUCUCUCUCCCUGUUCGCUCUGAUCCCGAUGCCCACCAUCAGAUCUCUGCUGUCCCAGCAGGUCCCAGCCUCCUCCUGUGGCACCACUCUCACCUCCCUGCAGAUGGCUCUGAAGUUUGCCGGCCUGGCGUACAUUCCUGCCUUCACCAAGAUCUACCAGAGAACCCUGGACUGGUUCCCCGGCUUCGUCUUCACGCUGGCCAGCAUCAUCACAGUCCUGGGGAUGAUUCCUGUCAGCAUCGUCGGCUGUAGAUCACCUCGGAGACGACAGUACGAGAGGAUCCAGGGAGACUGAUGGACCGACAGCCAGCAGAGAGUUAGUGUUGGUACGACGGGAACUGAGACUAGAAAACGGGCAAAAAAAGGAGAACGGCGUCUUUAAUCUCACUUCCUAUAAUGUUGAAACUUUACACAGUGCAGGAGAAAAGUUCCUGCAGGCGUUGGCUGCUUCCAGGAGGAACAGACAGUAGCAGCUUUGACUAAAAAAGUGAAAAAGCAUUGAACUCUUGCAGAGAAACUGCCAAACGUGAACAGUGAACUUUGUUCCAGUCGAAGUCACGUCCUCAGCAACACACCCAAGGUGAUUUCAACAUUUUGUAGAUUUGUCACUGGAUGCGUCAGAAGUGGAAAAAUCCCCUUGUAAGAAGGAGAAUGACUAAUUUAAACAGUUUUCAUGUUGGGAACCGACUCAAACUGGAUCACAUUCAGUUUGUUUUAUCCGUAUAUAAAGUACAGGAUCAUCUGAAUACAUUAGAAUAUGAUGUAAAGUCUAUUUCCAGUAGUUCAAGUCAACCAAGUAUUGAGUCAUAUA